AUGCAGAUCGUGGUGGGCAUGUCCAUGCUGGACGGGUGGCAGUACGCGUGGCACCGGUACAUGCACCGCAACAAGUUCCUGUACCGGCACGUCCACUCGUGGCACCACCGCCUCGUCGUGCCCUACGCCUUCGGUGCACAGUACAACCACCCCGUGGAGGGCCUCCUCCUCGACACCGGCGGCGGCGUGCUCGCCUUCCUCGCCUCCGGCAUGUCGCCCCGCGUCUCCAUCUUCUUCUUCACGCUCUGCACCGUCAAGGGCGUGGACGACCACUGCGGCCUGUGGCUGCCGGGGAACGUGUUCCGCCUCUGCUUCUGGAACAACACGUUGUACCACGACGUCCACCAUCAGCCGCGCGCUAGCAGAUACAACUUCUCGCAGCCCUUCUUUGUGACGUGGGACAAGGUGUUUGGGACGCACAUGCCCUAUGUGGUCGAGCACAGGCCCCAAGGAGGCCUCCUCGUGCGGCCCAUGGAAGCCCUUAACUAAGCAUAUUGUGUUUCAUAUUUGACUGUAUGUCACAAACGUAUUUAUCCUUCCCUCAUGCAACCAGGAUGCUACUAUACAUCAGAAAUUGAUAUCCCAAAAAAAGUUCAUAUAUAUAGGAGCAUGUGCAUUUCCUGUCGGCGGUGGUUUGUAAUAUCUGUCAUUCGAGCAUCUGAGCAAUUUCUUCUUGAUGAAACUGGCAUGCUUCAAGGCCUGGCAGAGAAAACAAUUGAUACAUUUCAAUCGCAAUAAGCUGCAUAAAACUAACACCUUGAUUUUCUGUACAACAUGCAGCACCACA